GAUAAAAGUUCGAGGAGGCCAAAGCCAUCCUAAAUACGUAUACUUACCUGUGAUAAAAAGCAACCAAUACACACAGUAAUAGUGUACCUAACAUUAUAAUUACCUGUAUUCAGGGGUAGAAAAUAAUAAAUCAUCCUAAAUACCAAUAAGGACACCAUCUACCUGGUUUAUUGAAUAUAAAAUGAAGUCACUGCUUCUAGUGCAUCAGUAAAAAUUAUCAGGUGCAAGCAUAUGCAUAUAUUAAAUCUUAAAAGUAAAUAGUAACAAUGCCGGAGUUAGUUGAGUUUGUGGAGUGUCCAUAUAAUCGUUCCCAUCGAAUCAUGCCACACGUCAUGCCUAAACAUUUGUUCAAGUGUCGAAAAAAUUACCCUUCAGUAAAGUUAGCAAACUGUCCGUUCAACACUGUGCAUCAGAUACCGUUUCCGGAAAUGAAACUUCACACCGAAACCUGUCCGGAUCGAGCAUCUUUCGAACUGUACAAGUACUGCAUAUCCAACUUUCCAUCCAAUCGAACCAAAACGAAUCGAGAGCUAAAAUCUCGACUAAUCUAUCCCGAUCAAGGAAAGCAUGCUCAACAAGAGCGAUCGAGGGAUUCUGUUCCGGAGUUGGUUUAUCACAAUGCAGCACCUUCCAAGAUGACGGGAAAAACACUCCUCGAUGACGACGAGUGUUGGGACGAUUGUAAUGUACCAGCUUACAAUCCCCAAGAGUACUGCAAAAAUGCCAAGGUUAUUCGCAAAGCGACGCUGAUGAAGCCAUCAGAGAAGAAAGAAUUCUACCGCGACGAACGACGCCGAUUUAAAGAAAUUGACCGUCAGCUGGAAAAGAAGUCGCAGCUUGCCGAUGAGGAUUUGAAUCACAUAGUGUCAUCGUUUUCACGAAAAGUGAAAAUUAAUUGA